AUGUCGUUGGCCCAGCACGUAACUCAAGCCGACGGCUUCGAGUAUAAAUUUCCCCCCGCGGAUGAGCGUCCCUCGAGCAACGCAGACCAAGAGACUUUAUCGGUGGCUCGCGUUGCAACCCCCAGCAAACCUGAGUGGCAACGCAUGAACUUUUCACCAGCCGGCUCGGAUUCCGAAGAAGCCCACAUCGCUGCAUACAAGGUUUCUGUUGCGAAACGAAUCGUCCAGGUAGCGACUGCUAUCGCAGCUUGCUGGUUGUCUGCCGGCAUCGUAUUUGGCUUCGCUGCACUUAAACCUGUCUUGGUUGCUGAAGGAGUCUACAGCGACUUGUGUCAUCGCAGCGACGACCGUCUUUCGCACAACUCGAAUCCCGCUGCCAUUGUCCCUUGUGACGAGCAGGAUCUGCGGCUGAACCUUUUCUUUACCGUCGCAUCCGUUACUGCGAAUGUAUCGUCGCUUUUAGCUGGCUAUAUUCUCGACCAGUAUGGCAGGCGCACUUGCUGGAUCGUCGCUUGCGUGCUUCUUCUCUCAGGCAGUCUCUUGAUGGCCGUCUCGUUUGCCAUUCCCAAGCUCGAUGCCUAUCUCGUGGCCAAUGUGCUACUUUCACUGGGGGGAACCUUCAUUUUCAUCCCUAGUUUUGAGCUGGCAAAUGCUCUUCCAAAGUUUUCGGGCAUAAUUGUGGCCAUGACUACGGGAGCAUUCGAUGCGUCGGCAGCUGUUUUUCUUCUCUUCCGCAUGGUUUACGAAGCAACAGGCGGCCGGUUUUCCGUUGCAAAAUUCUUCUUCGGCUAUGCCAUGGUUCCCAUUCUCAUCCUCGCCGCUGAGCUUAGCUAUAUGCCACAACAGUCCUAUCACACCAUUUCCGAACUUGAGCACAAGAUUGAAGAAGCGCAAGACAGCAGCCGUGAUGUCCAUGAGUCAGACGACGACGCGGAAGAUGCAGGGGAGUUGACAAGAGUACAAGACGCUCGUGCGGCACACCGCAUGGCAAAAUUAGACCAAAUUGAGUCUAUAACCGGAGACUCCGAACGUCGUGACGAACGGAGGAGGAUCAAUGAGGCACGGCAGACGGCCAGUGGCGUGUGGGGUGUCAUGCACGGGGUCCCGACUCGCGGGCAGUUGCUCAGUCCUUGGUUCAUGCUCAUUCUCUUGUUGACUAGUAUCCAGAUGUUGCGCAUGAACUUCUUCAUCGCUACUAUACGUUCUCAGUAUCGAUACAUGCUGGGUUCUGACGACUUCUCCGCAAGGGUUAACCGCUUUUUUGACAUCGCUUUACCAGUGGGAGGGGUCGUCACAACUCCCUUUAUAGGCAUGCUGCUCAACAAUUACAGCAUACCCACGAUAGUUGGCUUCUUAACAACGUUUAUCAUUAUUAUUGGCACGCUCAACUGUCUGCCAUACUUGUGGGCAGGCUACGUUACUGUUGUUGGGUUUGUCAUCUUUCGACCAUUGUACUAUUCGGCCAUCUCGGACUACGCAACUAAAAUAUUUGGUUUCACUACCUUUGGGCGUAUCUAUGGCACGUUGAUAUGCGUUUCGGGAGUAAUCAAUCUCGCGCAGUCAGGUCUUGACGCUCUCAUACACAGGGCCCUCGAUGGAAACCCUACUCCCAUCAACGUCGCCUUUACUGUACUAGGAGCGUGUACUGGUGCGGUGCUGACAAUUUUUGUUACUAUCAAGGCUCGCAUGCUUUCAGAAGGAGAUAGUACGAUGCCGUACAUGCGUGAUGAGCGCCGGCCACUACUAUUGGGAGACCAGGGCGGUUACAGCGGAUAA